AUGCCGCGGCGCGACGCCGUGGCCUCCUGCCAGGGCUGGUGCGGCAGCACGGCCGGCUGCGCGGGCUUCACCAUGCAGCUCGCGACGCACGCGUGCUCGCUGCACGCGAGCACGGGGCGCCCCGUGCGCUCCAUCAUGGGAGCGGUGUCCGGACCCCCGUCGUGCCCAGGCCGUGCCGAGGAGGCCGGGCCGCGGCACGGGGAUGCCACGGCGGCUCUGCCCGUGGGGGCAGCCAGCGCCGACGACGUCGUCAUUCGGGCCGAGGCGGUGUCGCCGGAUGCCGCGCUGGCGCUUCGCGCCGCAGGAGGCCCGCCGGCAGAGCGCUUCGCGGCCGUCCUGCCUCGCGCGGUCCCGGUGGUCUGCGCGCUGGUGGUCGCGGCUGCAGCGUACAGGAGCACUCUCUGCAGCAUGCGAGGUCUGCGAGCAAGGAGGUCGGCAAGAGAGGCCGAGAGUGUUGAAGACCUCGUCGUCACGGCGCACCUGAUUAACGACGGGAUCGCCAGGGAGUGA